ACGUAAGCAGUGCGUAUAUAUAACGCGGUAAGAUCUCUCCCUGGUCCGUUUCCAAAAUCCCAACAGAGAAGAAAAUGGCGAGUGGCGGUGCUGCUGCAGGUGGUGGUGGAAAGGUGUCGUUCAAAGUGACGCUCACCUCCGAUCCGAAGCUCCCUUUCAAAGUAUUUAGCGUACCGGAAGCAGCCCCUUUCACGGCCGUUCUCAAAUUCGCUGCCGAGGAAUUCAAAGUUCCUCCCCAAACCAGUGCUAUCAUUACCAACGAUGGAGUAGGAAUCAAUCCUCAGCAAAGUGCAGGCAAUGUCUUCCUUAAACAUGGUUCUGAACUGCGCCUGAUCCCGCGUGACAGGGUUGGAGCUUCUGAAUGUUGAAAACAUGAUCAUCAUCAGACUAAAAAACUGGUUAAUCUUUGUGCUUGCUCUGGAUCUUAUUUUCUUCUAUACCAUUCUAUAACUUUUAAUUAGUGUAACUGGUAUCAUAAUCAAUAUGAAUUGAGAUGGAAGGUAGCUGCAAUGCAUGGUCUUUCAAGUUAAUCAUAAUAGAAAGGUCUCUUUGCCCUUUUUCUUA